AAAACUAUGAAAACUUCUGGUGAGAAACCUUGGUCUAGUAGAAGAAGAAAAGUUGCCGAUACCAUACUAUUUAAUAGAGUUGAUAUUGUUGGUCUGCAGGAAGUUCUUAAGAACCAACUUUCGGAUCUUGAGACUUUGUUAGGCCAAGACUGGCAAUGGGUUGGAGUGGGUCGUGAGGAUGGGAAAGAAGCAG